AAAUACCCCGAGAUUCACGAGCUCAGACACACAGACACGGAGGAGAUAGAUCCGGAGAGACGCUUUAUUUCGGAUUAAGACGCAUUCACGCGCACUGAGGAGGAAGCGGAGUACAGCGCGCUUGUUUCGGGAGGAGAGAAACCUUCAGGUCAACAUGAAUUUAUUACUAAACCUGAUGCUGCAGCUUCUAACUGCUCUGCUCUGUGCUGCAGAUCCUACAGUGCUGAAUAUCAGACAGAAGAGAGGCACGCGCACAUAUAGAGACACUUGUGUGGAUGCCAAUUCGGCCGCGGUCAGAGACAUUGGAGCAACAUGGCUGCGAUGGAAGGAUCAGAAAGUUGAAUUCUGCCGCUGCGCCACACGGGGACGAGUACGCUGUCAUGAGAUACCAGUGACCAAAUGUUUCGUGUCUAAGUGUUAUAAUGGAGGGACGUGUAAAGAAGCUGUUUACUCCGAUGACUUCAUCUGCCAGUGUCCUCCCGGGUUUACAGGAACACAGUGUGAAAUCAAUACAGCUGAGCGAUGUUCCAGGGGUCAGGGGUCGGGUUACCGUGGCGCCUGGAGCACGAGUGUGUCAGGACUGGAGUGUAUUAACUGGAAUUCCAGCUCACUCCGAGGGAAGAAGUUCACUGCCGGGAGACCAGAGGCAAACACACUGGGACUGGGAAAUCACAACUACUGCAGGAAUCCAGAUGGAGACAAUAAACCUUGGUGUUACGUUUAUAAAAAGGCUCAGGUGUCAUGGGAGUUCUGCUCUUUACCGACCUGCGUAAUCGACCCCUAUCUAGAGUGCAGACGCAGAUCAGGUCAGACCUACAGAGGGACAAAAGCCGUCUCACGCAGCGGACUGAAGUGUCUGUCGUGGGAUUCACCCGCAGUGUCUCGAAAGAUCUACAACGCUUGGAGGUCCGACGCCAGAGAGAUGGGCAUCGGCAGCCACAACUUCUGCAGGAACCCGGACGGGGACCUCGGCCCCUGGUGUCACGUCUAUAAAGGGUCUCAGCUGACCUGGGAACUGUGUGACAUCCCUAAGUGCUCGAGGAAAACUCCAUCGAUCACCACACUCGGACCACGAGCCCCGAUAACAUCCAACAAUCACGGAUCCUGCGGGCAGCGCGCUGAAGCUCCUUCAAACUCUCUGCCCAUGUUCAGGAUUCGUGGAGGACAGGUCAGUGAUAUCCGAGAGCAUCCGUGGCAAGCCGCCAUCACCGUCUAUCUGCCACGCGCCAAAUCAUACAACUUCCUGUGUGGAGGAGUCCUCAUCGACUCAUGCUGGAUCCUCUCCGCCGCUCACUGCUUCCAGGAGAGGUUUGAGGAGAAGCGUCUUCGAGUGGUUCUGGGCCGAACCUUCAGGCUCCAGAACUCCAGCAGCGAGCAGAUCUUUGACGUGGAGAAAUACUGGAUUCAUGAGCAGUACGACGACGAGACGUAUGACAAUGACAUCGCUCUGCUCAAGUUGAAGAGCGAGUCCGGUAUCUGUGCCAUUCACUCUCCAGAAGUUCUGCCUGCGUGUUUACCAGAACCACACCUGGCUUUACCGGACUGGACAGAGUGUGAGAUCUCUGGCUACGGAAAAGAGGAAGAGUUUUCUCCGUUUUACUCGGAGCGAAUUAAGCGCGGUCGUGUGCGCUUGUGGCCGCAGGAACGGUGUGUCUCAGAGAAACUGGCCGGCCGUCUGGUCACCCCAAACAUGCUGUGCGCUGGAGACACGCGCGGCCUGGACGACGCCUGCAAGGGGGAUUCCGGCGGUCCUCUGGUGUGUCCUAAUAAUGGCAGGAUGACUCUGAUGGGUUUGAUCAGCUGGGGGGACGGCUGCGGGAAGAAAGACACGCCGGGCGUUUACACACGUGUCACAAACUUCACAAACUGGAUCUCCAGCAAGAUGAGAGCGAACUGAGACGCGAACAUACAUCACUCACACAAAACACAGCCACUGUUGGGUACGAAAAUAAGGUGGUGAGGAAAACGCCUCGUAUUCGCCGAUCUUCACGCCUACUGGACUCUACAUUUGACCUGCUGAGGGUUUGAGUGGCAUUUGAGGAGGAGACGUGGGAAUGCAAACUGAUGCUGUGAGUCGGUCAUUGUAUAUCAUGUUGCACACAGGACAAGAAAUCUGAAUCCAAAGACUGUUUUUAAUUUACAACACACAACGUGGCCUUCAAUUUUCACCCUUCAACAUGGGAAAGGGUGCACAAGGGAAAACUUUUAAAAGUACUUCAUGUUUUAAAGUGUUAAUAGAGAAACGUUUGCUUUGCUUUUUAAUAGUGAAGAUGUGAGAUGGCACUUUUGAAUGUUAUGUGAUGCUUAUUAAUGCUUGUUGUGAUGUUAAAUCAUAGUUAUUUUUAACACUAAACAUCUGCUGGGACAGAGGGACAUUUAUUUUGGUGCUGCGUUGAUCCAAACACAUUCAUUUGUCUGUAUUUAAUACGACUUGUUCGACUGCGAAAUUUCGUUAGCAACGCAGAUCUAAUAUUAUUACGGGAUUUAUUUGUUGCGAUGCAUAGUUAGAUAAUAUUUAACAUAUUUUAUAAAAUUUUAUAUACAGGAUAAGCAAGUGCUAAAUUAUUGUUUUUAUACAGUAAAUGCUUGUAUAUUAUUUUCGCAUGACUUUUUAUAAAUUGUGAAAUGGAAAGUGUUGUUUGUCUUCUGUAUGAAAAAUACUUCAGAUUUAAUUAUAUUUUUUUCCAGCGAGUGUUUUGUGAAUUCACACUGAAUUACAAAAUAAAAGUCAUUUGAGAGA